ACAUCGAAAACCUUACUAUAAAUUCUUCCAAAUUUGUCUUAUAAAGGUUUCUGCGCACGCUGACUAGCAACGGCUAUCUAACGCUCCACGCCAUGAAGAUUCGAUUUCCUUCUCAUAAAAACCAAACCCUAAUUUUCAAAUCUCAUCACUCAGAGAAGACGAUACCGAGGACGGUUCAAUGCUGUGCUUCCACAUUCGACCUUAAAGGCAAAUCGGUUGCCGUUAUAGGUUUGGGAAAAUCUGGUAGAGCUGCAACAAAGCUUGCUCUUGCUAGAGGUGCUUCAGUUAUAGCUAUUGACCAGAAUGAGAAUUUGAGUUUGUUAGAGCUCAAUCCCCUGUUUGAAAAGCAUGGUCAUUUGAAAACCGUUCUUGGACACUUCGACACAAAGCUUCUCAAGGAUGCUGAUAUGGUUGUUGUUUCACCAGGAGUUCCCUUGGAAAGUCAUGGACUUUCCUUCUUGUUGCAGUCAGGGAAGAGAGUACUGUCUGAGUUGGAUUUUGCUGCAGAAAUUCUUCCAAGAAGUAUUAAGAUAUUAGCAGUGACUGGAACAAAUGGAAAAUCUACUGUUGCUACUUUUUCUGGACAGAUGCUUAGUCAUUUAGGCAUUGAGGUAUUUGUUGGGGGGAACCUUGGGAUUCCACUCUCGGAGGCUGCUAUCCAAUGUUUGACGUGUCCUUCUCCAAAACCUGUAUUUCAGGUUGCAGUUGUGGAGGUUAGCAGUUAUCAACUGGAAGUUCCUAACAAGCACUUCUGCCCUUCAGUUGCUGUGGUUUUAAACCUCACAUCUGAUCAUCUAGAAAGGCACAAAACAAUGAAGAACUAUGCAAUCACCAAGUGUCGCUUACUUUCUCACAUGACCAACAGCAAGCUGGGAAUUCUACCUUUUGGUAACAAGCUCUUGAAUGAAGCAAUGGAGGAACUUGUGAAUGAAGUUAACCUAGCUUGGAUAGGAGCCUUUCCAGGUGUCAAAGUUGAUAAGGAGGAAAAGGUUGCCAGUUUACGAGUUCCUGCUAUUGGUGUUGUAUCAGAGCUUAAAUUGGGUGCUUUGAAUGUGAUGGGGACACACAAUUAUUACAAUGCUGCAGUGGCUGCAUUAUCUGUUCUUGGACUGGAUAUGGGAAUUGAUACUGAAGCCAUCAGUUCAACUAUUGAAAAACUGAGGGUGCCACCUCAUAGGAUGCAAAUUGUACACAAGGAUUCCUAUGGAGUUACCUGGAUAGAUGACAGCAAGGCAACAAAUGUUGAAGCAACAUACACAGGACUAUUGGGUCUGAAGGAGCAAAAAUCUGUGAUUCUACUUGGUGGUCUUGCAAAGGUUUCAAAUUCACAAGAAUCUAAUGGUUUUGAGCAGCUGGUGGAACCACUAAAGUAUCAUCGAUGUGUAAUCACUUUUGGAUUUUCCGGACCUCUGAUACAGAAGACACUAUCUGAUGAUGGUCUUAGCAUUCCUUGUUUUGAAGCUGCUAAUCUGGAGGAUGCUGUCAACUGUGCUAGGAGUGUGGCAAGAUAUGGGGAUGCAGUUGUUCUCAGUCCAGGUUGUGCAAGCUUUGAUGAAUUCAGAAAUUUUGAGCACAGGGGGAAGGUCUUUCAGGAGCUGGUCUUCUCAUCAGAAUAAGUCUUGGUUAGCUAAUUUGCUCUGGAAAGCAGAUGAGUGACUCCUAUAUUAUAUAUAUGUUGUAUAUAUGUUGUUCAUCAAUCACUUGUAUUUAAGCUUUCCACCUUAAUUUGGCUCAUCAAACCCAUCCAGUGUUGCCUCCACUGACAUUUAAAACAUGUAUUAGUCGAAUUGGUUCUCGCUGGCGCUGUUGAAACCCCAAGGCAUUAUCUUUAUCAACAUUAUGAUAGGUCAAAA